CCGUUCUGUUUAUGUUUGGAUAACUGUAUCGUGUGUCUGAAUCAAUAGGCUGUGAUUAGUAAACCUUUGCCUACCUGCUGUCAGAUGAGGUAUAGAUUAGGUUGAGCGACAAGGCUUUCUUGGUACUGGUCCUGAAAGAUGUUGGCAAAAAUAGAAAGGUCUUGUGUCUGUGGUUUCAAAAAUGUAAUUCAGUGUGUUACGUGGUUUUAUUUUGUUAGUGGUAGAGCCUUUGAUAUGUAGAACUGGUCUUAUGUGUGUGUAGCGUAUGUAGUGAUAGUUGCUCAAAUCCUUGCCAUUUAAAGGCAUGAGAAGAUUAGUGACUUGGAAAGCUCUAGUUAUGACUAUGAGUUUGCCAGUUCCCAUAAAAUUCACACUUAUAGCCACUAUAAUGGUGAAUAAAAAGAGUAUUGAACUGGAACAAGACACUAAGGACCUCAUAAGAGAAGAAAAGCUAAAUGAUAGCUCAGCCCGGAGGACCCUCAAUUGAGUAGUCAUUGUCUGCCAAAUAAAGCAUUAAUGGCAGGGUGUAAGUAUUCUGUAGAUAUGCUGACAUUCACUUUUUCAUCAAGAUGCUGGUACAAUAAGUCUUUCAGAAAUCGAUGGCCUCCUAAAAAAAAUUAUCAUUAGAUGAAGUUGCACAGUUGGACACAUUUCAAAGUGCAACAAUACAAUUCCUUCUUGAUGUGUAUGUGCUAUUUCAUCUAAAACUCUUGUUUCAUUAAAUUAAAGAGCAUGGCUGACCGGCUAGGGCACAGCGAAGAAAUUGAUUAGUUCAGGCUUUGGAUCUUCGGUAUAUUCAAAGACUUUCAUUAAGCAAGUGAAUUGCAGAGUUGAAUUUUGCUUUUGUAACUCUGAACUCUUUGAUUAUUUUUUUGUUUUGUUUUCCCCUAAAAAUAUUACAUUUGAUGAGGCAAUACUGUAAUUCCAUGAUAACCUUCUGUCUGCAAAGCUGGACAGAAAUCGCCAAGAGAUUGAAUACAAUUUGUGCACAAGUCAUCCCAUUUUUGUCUCAGGAACAUCAGCAGCAAGUGGCCCAAGCUGUAGAACGUGCCAAACAAGUGACCAUGGCCGAACUGAAUGCCAUCAUCGGGGUACGUGGCCUUCCAGGUCUACCUCCUACACAGCAGCAGCUGCAGGCUCAACAUCUCUCCCAUGGCCAUGGACCUCCAGUGCCUCUAACACCGCAUCCAUCAGGACUUCAGCCUCCAGGAAUCCCUCCACUUGGAAGCAGUGCUGGCCUUCUUGCCCUUUCUAGUGCUUUGGGUGGGCAGUCUCACUUGGCAAUAAAAGAUGACAAGAAGCAUCACGAUGCAGAACACCACAGAGACAGAGAGCCAGGCACAAGUAAUUCUCUGUUGGUCGCGGACAGUCUGCGAAGCACAGAUAAACGCAGGAAUGGCCCUGAAUAUACCAAUGACAUCAAAAAGAGAAAGGUGGAUGAUAAGGAUUCCAGCCACUAUGACAGUGAUGGGGACAAGAGUGACGAUAACUUGGUUGUAGAUGUAUCCAAUGAGGAUCCUUCUUCCCCAAGGGCAAGUCCCACUCAUUCACCACGUGAAAACGGUAUAGAUAAAACCCGCCUCCUGAAGAAAGAUGCCUCUAGCAGUCCAGCAUCUACGGCCUCUUCAGGAAGUUCCGCUUCCCUCAAAUCCAAAGAAAUGAGUCUGCAUGAAAAAGCCAGCACGCCUGUUCUGAAAUCCAGCACACCAACUCCUCGAAGUGAUGUGCCAACCCCAGGCACUAGCGCAACUCCAGGACUACGUCCAGGCCUUGGCAAGCCUCCAGCAAUGGACCCUCUGGUUAACCAAGCUGCUGCAGGUUUGCGGACACCAUUGGCAGUACCAGGACCGUACCCUGCUCCAUUUGGAAUGGUACCUCAUGCUGGCAUGAAUGGAGAGUUAACCAGUCCAGGGGCAGCCUAUGCCAGUCUGCACAAUAUGUCACCCCAGAUGAGUGCUGCUGCUGCUGCAGCUGCUGUGGUUGCCUAUGGAAGAUCUCCUAUGGUUGGGUUUGAUCCUCCUCCUCACAUGAGAGUACCUGGAAUCCCUCCAAAUCUAGCAGGGAUUCCUGGGGGAAAACCAGCCUACUCCUUUCACGUUACUGCAGAUGGUCAGAUGCAGCCGGUUCCUUUCCCUCCUGAUGCCCUCAUCGGUCCAGGAAUCCCUCGCCAUGCCCGUCAGAUCAACACUCUGAACCACGGGGAAGUGGUGUGCGCAGUUACCAUCAGCAACCCCACGAGACAUGUGUACACGGGUGGGAAGGGGUGCGUCAAAGUCUGGGACAUCAGCCAGCCUGGCAACAAGAGCCCUGUCUCUCAGCUGGACUGCCUGAACAGAGACAACUACAUCCGCUCUUGUAAAUUGCUGCCUGAUGGAUGCACCCUAAUAGUUGGCGGGGAAGCCAGCACAUUAUCCAUAUGGGACCUGGCAGCACCAACUCCUCGUAUAAAAGCAGAGCUGACAUCCUCAGCCCCUGCCUGCUAUGCUCUGGCUAUCAGCCCUGAUUCCAAGGUGUGCUUUUCCUGCUGCAGUGAUGGGAACAUCGCAGUGUGGGAUCUGCACAAUCAGACAUUGGUCAGACAAUUCCAGGGCCACACAGAUGGAGCCAGCUGUAUUGACAUUUCUAAUGAUGGUACCAAGCUCUGGACAGGAGGUUUGGAUAACACUGUCAGAUCCUGGGACUUGAGAGAGGGCAGACAGCUACAACAGCACGACUUCACAUCACAGAUAUUUUCCCUUGGUUAUUGUCCUACUGGUGAAUGGCUAGCUGUGGGAAUGGAGAGCAGCAAUGUAGAAGUGCUACAUGUAAAUAAACCAGACAAAUAUCAACUGCACCUUCAUGAGAGUUGUGUAUUGUCACUCAAGUUUGCUUACUGUGGUAAAUGGUUUGUGAGUACUGGGAAAGAUAACCUUCUUAAUGCAUGGAGAACUCCUUAUGGAGCCAGUAUCUUCCAGUCCAAAGAAUCUUCAUCAGUGCUUAGCUGUGACAUCUCUGUGGAUGAUAAGUACAUAGUCACUGGCUCUGGAGACAAAAAGGCUACAGUCUAUGAAGUUAUCUACUGAGAAAUAUGAUGGGGAUAUAACUUUUAGAAGUUGAACUGGGCCAAAUUGUUCUUAAUUGUAGAAGUAGAAAGGUUUUGCCUUUUAGAAAGGAACAAAAGUAUUGAGGUUCCAGACCUUGCCAUGAAACUACUCCGAUUUUUCAAAAUAGAAGGCAACAUCCAGCAACUAAAUACUGGCUACGUGGACCAAAUGGAACACAGAGGCAAGAUGGACAGAUGUAGCCUAGGUUUUUGAUAUAGUUUUUAAAAGCCAAGUCUACUGAAGAAUGUUGGAGCCUUUUAUUUUUUUCUUUCUUUGUGACCUCAUGCAAAUUGUUCUCAUUGCCUGAAUAUGGGGGAUAAAUACCUUUCUGUUCCUUGCAAUUCAAGUUGCAUUCUGUCCUGUGUAGAACAGUGGUGUCUCAGAUGAACUUGUUUCCUGGUUUUGCAUCUUGUGAUAUGUUUUUGUAUUUUUGUUGAAGGUCAAACAUUUGUAUAAAUUGUAAAUAUAUUUAGUUUAUUACAGUAAAGGCUUUAGUACCAACAACCAGUCUUCCCCCCCUGCCCCCUCCCUGCCUGCCCUGCUUAUUUAAAAUUAAAAACCUUUUGGGGAUAUAAGUACCUUUUUAGAAGCAAAAGCAAACACUAUGUAUAGUUUGAAAAUGGUGUCUUAUUCUUUAUAACUCUUCUAGAUUCCUUUAUCAUACUUCAGAGUAGUUGUUUUGACAUAUUAGGGUAUCAAGUCCAGUAGAUACUGUCUUGUGCUACAGAAAACUUAAAAGGCAAUUUUGUACUAAUUAUAGUGUAAAUAUAAAAAUUGAACAUUUCA